GAUAGGUAGAUUGGUAUAUGUACAAGCAAAUGUUAAUGAAUGUACUUUUUAUAAAUUUUAUAUCGGAUCACAAAAUUUUAAUUCCUCUGUUGUAUGUUGGAUUGACCUUCUGGAAAAUUUUACAAUAUUGACAUAUUCAUAUAGUUAAAUAGUUAAAGUUAAAUACAUAGAGUUGUAUAACGCUACAUAAACUUUCUCAGGAUUAUAUAAUUUUCUCACAGAUUCUCAGGAAGGUGUUAUCACAAAACUGGAAUCAGAAUAAAUGUAGAAAAUGCCUGAAGCUAAUUCCCACACUGAAUAAGGAACAAUUGUGAAAUCGUACAUUACUCAUGUGAUACCAGUUCAUGCUUGUCUGUAUUUAUGAGGAAUAUACACAAGUGUUAAAAACAACAUUAGGUUAUUUUAGUGCAGAGAGAGUUGCUCAAAGAGCCACUGGUACCAGGAACAGGGAUUAACAGUACUUGCAUGUGACAUGCACAAUGCACAUUCAGAUUUUAGUAAUAUUGUCAAUCAAAGCAAAAACAAGAUGUGAUUUCUACUGUAUGUAGACAUGACAGCAAUACCUUUGUGCAGUAAAUGAAUUUUUUUAGUUCAUUAAUAUUUAUUUACUCGACUUUUUUACAACUAUUAUGAAAUUAUAAAAUGAUCUCUGUGACCAUUGGGACAUUUUUUUACUUUUCUGGGGAGAAACGCAGCCAAAGCAUUUCACAAAAAGCUCACAGUUGAUGGCAUCCAUCCAAAAGGGUUGUCUUAGAAAUACAAUCAUGCCAUAGAGGCUGCAGAUUUUAGACACAGCUGAGAUUAACUGGAGCAACACAGAGGGCACAUCUGCACAUUUUACCAACUAACUAUUAGUCCAGUAGCGCAAUUGUCUACCUAAAGCUAUAAGACAUGACUUCUUUUGAAGAAUCCUAUUUGAUUGCUGUGGAAAAAUGGAUUCUGGAGAACCAGGAGGAGAUUGAAAAGGCAGCAGAGAUCCUUGGAGAAAGCAGUGAUUUCCUGCUAACGACUGUAGGCCAGGUCUUUCCCUUGGUAAAGUAUUUUUAUGUUUUCACAGCAAAGCUUCUUGGAAACCCAAACAGCUAUGAGGAUACUUAUUUUACCAAGCAGUUUCAAAAUGUCAACCGGAAGUUAAAUGAGAUCAAAGAAAACAUGCACGAGGUGGAACGCAUAACGAUGAGAUCAUCACUGAACAUGCAGAUGUUUAAGUACGAAGCACAAAUAAAGUUUCAAUACAAAAUGUUUAUGAAAAUUUUUACAUCUGAAUCCAACAAAAAGUUGAAGAUAAAAGAAUUCGUCAUGAUGUUUGAGAACGCUGAUGAUGAACAGAACCUUAAUGGAUUAUAUGACCAGGUCACUGGAAAUAACAUGUCUGGAAGAGCAAUGCUGGAUGAGAUUGUGCAAACUGAGCACCCGAGCAGGAGGGCGGUGGUGGAAUUCUGUGCUUACCUGAAGAAGCUUUUUGUGUUUGGGAUCAUAGCACUGAUUGGCUACACGGCAAUAAAGAAAGGUGAUGCUGGAGAGGAUAUGGUGAAGAAAUGGCAAACCCGCAUGGAGGACGUGGAGAAGCACAUGAAGGCAGCAGUGGGUGAAAGUGAAUGAAGAUCUUUUGGCAAUUCAGGUGUAUACUGAUCUAUGAAACUCCUGAACUAUCGAUUGCUGUGUGGUACAGAAGCUAAUUAUUCUAUUUGGUGUCCAUGCAAUAAAACUAUUAAAAUCUUGCCGUUUUUCUCUGUAAACUCCAAAUCACUGUUUAACUGUUGUUGGUUAACCCAUACUGUCUCAUUUAUAUGCUUUCGUGUAAUUCAGCAAAAUUAAAGGGCAAUGCAUUUUUCUCUUCAAAGUCUGAAAAAUAAGAAAAUAAGAUUAACCCAGCUCAUGUAUUUACUUUGAUAAAAUUUCACAACUGAAGUAACUUUUUUACAUCGAAAAAAAUAUAAUAAUAAGUAGAAGACACUAGGUCUUAUAUGUGAGAAGGCUCUCAUCAUUUAGCUAAUAAGUCUCUAAUGUAAGUGUUUUGUAAGCAAAGAACUGAAGUGUGAGAUCAGAAAAUAUUGUCUAUGAGUCCCUCUAGUGGCUGCAUGAUGUAAUUUGUUUUGUAAAUUAAUAAAAAUAAUUAAUCAAAA